AUGAAACUCACUAGCUAUUCUCGACUUCUACUAAUCUUGGCAGCCCUUGUAGGAGCUCUUGUUCUUCCCUCCAAGGCUCAAGACAGCCCACAAGACUAUGUUAGGGCUCACAACGCGGCAAGACAGGCCGUGGGCGUAGGCCCCAUACAGUGGGACCAGGGGCUUGCAGGCUAUGCUCAGAGCUACGCUGAACGACUAAGAGGCGACUGCAGACUCAUACACUCUGGUGGGCCAUACGGGGAGAACUUGGCCGGAAGUAGCGGCGACCUAUCUGGCGUGAGCGCCGUGAACUUGUGGGUUAGCGAGAGGGCUAACUACAACUACCCUGCGAACACUUGCAAUGGAGUUUGUGGUCACUACACUCAGGUUGUUUGGAGAAAAUCGUUGAGAGUCGGAUGUGGCAAAGCGAGGUGUAACAAUGGUGGAACCAUAAUCUCUUGCAACUAUGAUCCUCGGGGGAAUUUUAAUAAUGAGUUGCCUUACUAA